CCCUAUAUAAGCAAAUAUACCUUGUACUUUCUCUAAACUCUAAAACCCAACUCUCAAAGCAUCUUGUUUUGAGAAUUCUAGUUGGAAAAGUUUAGGUUUUUUUGUUGAAUCGAACCCAGUUUAGUUUAUAUUCAAUGGCGUCCUCGGGACCAAAAGAAUCAGCUGCCAAUAACCCUGGCCUCCAAACUCCCCCUGAAAUCGCCAAAGGCUACUUCAUGCAGCAAAUUUCUUUUUUGGUGUUUAUAAUAUGUAAAUAUUAUGUUUUUCAAUGAAUAUGUGUAAUUAUUUUCUUUUCGUUCUCCUUUGGGUUGCAGUGUUUUCGAAUUAAGGAUCCAAAAAUCAGUCUUGAUUUUUACUCUAGCAUAUUGGGCAUGUCGUUGCUUAAGAGAAUUGAUGUUCCAGACUUGAAGUUUACCUUGUACUUCAUGGGCUAUGAGGAUGUUUCAACAGCUCCAAGCGACCCGAUUGAUAGAACAGCUUGGACCUUUACGAAACCGGCUACCAUAGAACUAAAACACAAAUGGGGUACCGAAAGUGACACCGAGUUCAAAGGAUACCACACUGGGAAUUCAGAACCUUUAGGCCUUGGGCAUCUUGGCAUCAGUGUUGAUGAUACAUUCAAGGCAUGUGAGAAGUUUGCAAGGCAUGGAGUAGAGUUUGUCAAAACACCAGAGGAUGGGUAUGCAUUAAUCAAAGAUCCCGAUGGUUAUUGGAUCGAAAUCUUUGAUUUGGUUAAUAUCAUAAACGUGGUUAAGGGUUUUGCCUGAGUUAGCGCUUCACAAAGUUCAGGUGUUGAUGCCAGGAAACGAGGAUGGCAUAUGUUACAGGUUUCAUUCAUUUCGGUUCAACGGUGUGUAGUCCUAUACAUCAUCUUCUGCUUUC